AUGGCGUCUAAAUCUUUUUCUGAGGAGGAUUUCUCUUGUCCUGUGUGCUGUAAUGUUUUUAAAAAUCCUGUUCUUCUGUCCUGUAGUCACAGUGUGUGUGAAGAGUGUAUUCAGAAGUUUUGGGAAAGUAAAGGAUCGAAAGAAUGUCCAGUUUGCAGAAGUAGAUCAACAUUAGAUCAUCCUCCAUUAAAUCGGGUUUUGAAGAACUUGUGUGAGACUUUCUUACAGGAGAGAAGUCAAAGAUCUUCAUCAGGAUGUGAAGCAGUCUGCAGUCUUCAUGAAGAGAAACUCAAACUCUUCUGUCUCGAUGAUCAACAGCCGGUGUGUUUUGUGUGUCGAGAUUCCAGAACACACACAAAUCACAAAUUCUGUCCUUUAGAUGAAGCUGUCAUCGAUAAUAAGGAGAAACUCAAAACUGCACUAAAACCCUUACAGGAGAAACUGAGAAUAUUUAAGAAGUUUAAACAGAAUUUGGAUCAAACUGCAGAACAUAUUAAGUUUCAGGCUCGACACACAGAGAGGAAGAUUAAUGAGGAGUUUGAGAAACUUCACCAGUUUCUACAUGAUGAAGAGGCCGCCAGAAUAACAGCACUGAGAGAGGAAGAGGAGCAGAAGAGUCAGAUGAUGAAGGAGAAGAUUGAGAAGAUGAGCAGACAGAUUUCAUCUCUUUCACACACAAUCAGAGUCAUAGAGGAGCAGAUGACAGCUGAAGAUCUUUCAUUCCUACAGAACUUGAAGAGCACAAUGGAAAGAACCCAGUGUACACCAGCAGAUCCAGAGAACAUUUCAGGAGUUCUGAUCAAUGUCCCAAAACAUCUGAGCAACCUGAAGUUCACUGUGAUACAGAAGAUGCAGGAAAAUGUUCAAUACACUCCAGUGACUUUGGACCCCAACACUGCUGACUGUAAUCUCAUCGUGUCUGAUGAUCUGAUCAGUGUGAGACUCAGUGAAGAGAAACAGCUGCUUCCUGAUAAUACUGAGAGAUUUGAUAUGUAUAAGUGUGUUUUGGGUUCAGAGGGUUUUAAUUCAGGGAUUCACUGUUGGGAUGUUCAGGUUGGAGACUGUACACACUGGUGUUUGGGUGUGAUGACAGAAUCUGCUCAGAGGAAGAAGAACAUAUUCUCCAGGAGCGGAAUCUGGUGUGUGAGGUUUUAUGAUGGUAUAUAUGUUGCAUUCAUUUCACCUGAUCAAACAUCUCGUCGUGUCUCAGUGAAAGAGAAACUCCAGAGAAUCAGAGUUCAGCUGGACUGUGACAGAGGAAAACUGUCAUUCUCUAAUCCUCUCACUAACACACACAUACACACUUUCACACACACGUUUACUGAGAGAAUAUUUCCAUUGUUCACUGUUGGCUGUAAAAUUUCUCCUCUGAUGAUCUUACCAGUGAACUCCUCUGAAAAAAAGACUUAAGAAUGAAAUUACAGAUUAAACUUGUAUCUACAAAAGUUGA